AUGGGCUGGCACCGACUGCGAGUGCCAAAGUGCGUCCCGCGAGCCGAGGAGUGGGGCGGCGCCGCCGGGCUCGUGGGUCCUGACGAGGGGCGCGAGGACUGGCGCAGCGGACCCCUCGGCGCGCGCGGCCCAGCGCCGAGGGGCGGCCCGCCGGAGCAGCGGCCCCUCGAACCGGGGCAGCGGACCAUCUGGUCCUACUGGGCGCAGGGCCCCGAGGAGAUGCCGGAGCUCUUCCGUCUGUGCGUGGAGACUUGGCGGCGCCUGAGCCGCCGUCGGCGGGCCGCCCUCGCCGGGAGCUUCGCCACGGCCGCGCGCCGUGGCGGCAAAGGGCCGGUUUGCUUCGGUUUGACUUUGGCUACCAUUUUGCAGCUGGGCUCCACCAGUGUCGUCUCUGGCGUUUGCAUCGAAUUCGGCUCUCUGCUCAUGGAGCUCAGGUUCAAGUACUGCUUGUUGUCGGGGACGACGCCGCUCCAGAGCUUGCGAGAUCGCUUGUGUUGCCUCGGGCGUUGCUGCAGCCACCGCAAAACGGGAAGGAUGAGCUUCGUUCACCCAGGGUUCGACGACAUCGUGUCUCUUGAUCCGACCGUCCUGGGCGCACAGCAAGCCGGCAGCGGAGAGCGGGCUGGCGAGACUCACGGCGACGCGGGCCCAUGCAGCGAGACAUUGGACAACGAUGGCCCCGAGAAGUGUCGCCGCCAUCUCUUGGCAACGAUUGUUGCGUAUUACAACAUCGUCGGGGCCGUUGCUCAGGUAACCGUCGCAGGCUUUCUCAUUGUUGCGAAGGUGCAGCCGAACAAGUCAUGGUCCGCACCAUUGCCUCCAUCACAGAUCCUCGCGCUUGUGGGGCUCCGAUUGGCCUUUGAGGUUCUUGGCGACAUGGCGAUUACGGCAGUGGCCCACUGUUAUCAACCGAAAGGUGCUCAUGCUCUGGCGGAAGCACGCAGAAAUUUGGGCUGGCAAGGACUCACCAGCGUGUGUUUCUUGGCCGUGAUCUGGUCCGCGGAGGCGAUGAUGCUCUACAUGACCUACCUCUGCCCAGUUCCUGUUCAACGGGGCGCGGUCGAUCCGUUCACAGUCGAGCUGCUUGCCUUGGGCUUGUGCCCGCACCGUUCGCACUUGCUACAGUUGUCCUGA